UGAGACGGCAUCUCCCCUCCCCACUGCGAGGCAUUGUCGACAUGAGCGGCGAUCGGUGACGGUUUUCGGACGCCAAUAUAAGGCCGGGACCGGUCGCGUCGGCACAGUAGCCAGUGAGGUCUGUCAGCAGCGCACCGUCCGAACACAGCAGUCACCAUGAGAACGACCGUUCUGCUGUGUCUGGUGGCGAUGGCCACCGCCCAGUCGGAGAGAGACGCCGAGAUUCUCCGCAAUGACUUCCAGAUCGACCCGGAGGAGGGCACCUAUCAGGCCGAUAUGGAGACGUCGAACAACAUUCGGAUGCGGUCCAGCGGCAUAUCGUACAAGGGUGACCAGCCCGAGACGGGGUCUGUCUACGUCGAGGGCGAGUCGUCCUGGAUCACACCCGAGGGCAAGACGGUGCUACUCAAAUACACCAGCGACGAGGGCGGCUACGUACCGGUGGUGUCCAUCUCGUGAUCCGGGGACCGGCCGUGGCGUCCAUCUCGUGAUCCGGGGACCGGCCGGGGUUUGAAUCUCGUGAUCCGGGGGCCGGCGGCCACUGAAGCUGUGGCGUCCAUCUCGUGAUCCGGGCGCGGACAUCCGCUGCUCCCUGGAAGGCGUCUGUCCAGCCUUGCUCGCGUGAUAGCCGAGGAGCCGACGCGGCGGUUUCCUGUUCGUAAUCCCUGAUGAUGUCACACAUGUGAAUAAGACUAUCGUGUAUCGGUGAGCCCACUGUUUUCGAAAAUGGUGUAACAAAUAUAUUGAGCUUCUGUUUUAUAU